CUAUAGAGAAGUACUGAAAGAAGUUGUGCGUCUUCCCGCGGCGGGAAUAUCUGCUUAGCAGCAUGGCAAUGGAAUGCAUCAAGCACUGCUGCAAGACCUUCCUAGGCAAGGACGCUGAGAUAGAACAGCAAGUGAUUACAAUGAAGAUGCCCCCUGCCAGAGCUAUCUCAGGUGGCCCCAGGAAGGGUGUAGGGGUAUCAGAGGACUAUCUCCUCUCUAAACUCCCCUUGGAUGGAAAAGAGAUCCCCUUUGUCCUCCCCACGUACAAACCUUCCUACAUCCAACCACGAGGAUCACGUUACCUCGGCUACCAGACACCAGGGCUACACAGUUCAGCCAGGAGCACCUAUGCAGAGAGGAAGGCGGAGCUGUCAGGGGCCAGUCACAUAGUCUAUAACCCCGACUCCUCCCCCAACAUGUCUCCCGGAACAACACGACACAGCAAUCUGAAAAAGAGUCUCCGGGGCUCAGAAUCAGGUGGGAAUGUGACGACUGGGAAUCUGAGCAAAUCCCUGUUUGACUUGUCCAACUCCAACCCUCCCAGCCACAUACAGCGUUACGACAGUGUGUCCAGUGUCCAGAGCAGCAGUGCAUCGUCCUCCCAGAGGGACUCCCUGGAGAACAGCCGUAGCCUUGAGUCCAUCACAUUGUCUGGAGAUGAGAGAGACUUGGGGAAGGUGUGUGUCCGGCUGAGUUACCAGGAGGCCCUGGAGCAGGUGUGGAUCACGUUGGUACAGUGUAAGGAUGUGUCCCUCGCUCAGAACAGCAGUGAGCAGCAGCAGAUUAGCUUUAAAGGCAUCAUCACUAUGAGCAAACCAGUACAGUUCAAGAGCUCCGUCAAGGAAGGUUCUCCGGACACAGUCUUCAUGGAGACCUUUGUGUUUACGUUGCGGCUGCAGCAGCUGCGUUGCAGUGCUCUGGUAUUCCGGCUGCAGACCCACCACCCCAGGAAGAGAACGGUGGCAGAGUGUGUCCUCUCCCUCAGACAGCUGGGCCCUGAGGAGACACAGCACUGGAUGGAGCUCAGCCCCCUUUCCAAGACCACUGUGUGUCACGCUGAGCUGCACCUGGCCACCUGUUUCCAGCCUGUUAACGGACGCAUCCAACUGCAGGUCCUCGCUGCCCAGAACCUCCCCGCUCCACUCAGGCAGGCGUUCUUUGUGAAGAUAGAGAUGCAGCUGUUGGGCAGGGUGGUGAUGAACAAGAAGACUCACGUCCUGAAGUCCUCCGGAGGUCAGCUGACCUGGACUGAGUCUUUCUACUUCCCCUUGGCUCUGGACCAGAGCUUCCUGCUGUCAGUCAAACUGUACAGCCGCCGCUCUGUCAGACGAAAACACUUCCUCGGGCAGGUUCACCUUGGCUUCGACAGCCCGACGCAGGAAGCAGCAGAGCAGUGGAGGGACAGCAUGUCUCACCCCGAGAAGGUGGUGGCUGUAUGGCACAGACUCAACGGGUCCUGAAACGCCUGUAGAAACUCACACAGCCUGUAGAAACUCACACAGCCUGUAGAAACUCACACAGCCUGUCGAAACUCACACAGCCUGUAGAAACUCACACAGCUCACACAGCCUGUAGAAACUCACACAGCUCACACAGCCUGUAGAAACUCACACAGCCUGUAGAAACUCACACAGCCUGUAGAAACUCACACAGCCUAUAGAAACUCACACAGCCUGUAGAAACACACACAGCCUGUAGAAACUCACACAGCCUGUAGAAACUCACACAGCCUAUAGAAACUCACACAGCCUGUAGAAACUCACACAGCCUUUAGAAACUCACAGAGCCUGUAGAAACACACACAGCCUGUAGAAACUCACACAGCCUGUAGAAACUCGCACAGCCUAUAGAAACUCACACAGCCUGUAGAAACUCACAGAGCCUGUAGAACUCACACAGCCUGUAGAAACUCACACAGCCUAUAGAAACUCACACAGCCUGUAGAAACUCACAGAGCCUGUAGAACUCACACAGCCUGUAGAAACUCACACAGCCUUUAGAAACUCACACAGCCUGUAGAAACUCACAGAGCCUGUAGAACUCACACAGCCUGUAGAAACUCACACAACCUAUAGAAACUCACACAGCCUGUAGAAACUCACAGAGCCUGUAGAACUCACACAGCCUGUAGAAACUCACACAGCCUGUAGAAACUCACACAGCCUGUAGAAACUCACACAGCCUAUAGAAACUCACAGAGCCUGUAGAACUCACACAGCCUAUAGAAACUCACACAGCCUGUAGAAACUCACACAGCCUGUAGAAACUCACAGAGCCUGUAGAAACUCACACAGCCUAUAGAAACUCACAGAGCCUGUAGAACUCACACAGCCUGUAGAAACACACACAGCCUGUAGAAACACACACAGCCUGUAGAAACUCACACAGCCUAUAGAAACUCACAGAGCCUAUAGAAACUCACAGAGCCUGUAGAAACUCACAGAGCCUACAUUCAAAAUGGCACCCUAUUUCAGGGGUUCUCAAAGUGGAGUCCACCGAGGUACUGACACGGAGUCUGCGGCUACAUCUCAAAAUAUAUAUAUUAAAAAAUAUAUUUAAAAACAAAGAAGAAUAUCUUAUUAAUAUUACUAACAACAACAGGUGAAAACACACAUUUUCCCAUAUGGAUCUGUGGAAUAAGUUUAUGGUGUACAAUGUAAUAUUAUUAACCUAAAAUGUAUGUUCUUAAAGGCCUAGUGCAGUCAAAAAUGUGAUUUUCCUAUGUGUUAUAUAUUAGAGGUUGGAAUAAUACUGUGAAAUUGUGAAAACUAUGAUAAUGCCCUUUAAGUGUAAGAGCUGUUUGAAAAGACCUGAAAUUUCAUCCUGUUUUGGCGGGGUGGACUUUUGGUCUGCCUGGAGACAUCACCAGGCGGUAAAUUAAUUCAUCAAAUCAAAUCCAACUUUAUUGGUCACAUGCGCCGAAAACAACAGGUGUAGAGACCUUACCCAACAGUGCAGUUCAAUAAAGAGUUCAGUAAAUAUUUAAUAAGUAAACUAAAGUAAAAAUCAUUAAAAAGUAACACAAUAAAAUAACAAUAACGAGACUAUAUACAGGUGGUACCGAGUACCAAGUUAAUACGUGGGGGUACAGGUUAAUCAAGGUUAUUUGUAUAUGUAGAUAGGGGUGAAGUGACUAUUCACAGAUAAUAAACAGUGAGUUUAGUGGAGGGGGGUGUCAAUGUAAAUAGUCCUGGUAGACAUUUGAUUAAUUGUUCAGCGGUCUUGGGGGGUGGGGGUAGAAGCUGUUAAGGAGACUUUUGGUCCCAGACUUGGCGCUCCGGUACCGCUUGCCGUGCGGUAGCAGAGAGAACAGUCUGUGAUUUGGGUGACUGGAGUAAUCGCAGUUCUGAUGACCAGAAGUUAUUUUCGAUCAUAAGCAACAUUAUAUACAAAAUAAGUUUAAAAAAUAAGUUACAAACAACGCAAAAAACUAACAGAAUAGCACAGUUGGUUAGGAGCACGUAAAAUGGCAGCCAAUAAGAAAGAGAGUUUCAAAUCUCUGCCAAUAACAGCUAGUUUUCAG